AUGUCCGCCACAAUUACCGGUUCUGUGCCGGAGCAGGCGUCCAACCCUCUGUCCCCGUCGCACACCUUGAUCGACCUUCAAGCUGAGAAGGACAAGGCCUCCAGUGUAGCAUCGCCACCAGCUUCCGAAAAGGGUGCCGAGCGUCGUGCAUCUAGCACCAGCGACGCCACAGUCGCCUCGGUGGACGAGAAUGACCUUUCCAACCUGCCUCCCAUGCGCAAGAACAUUCUUCUCCUCUGCUUCUGCCUUGCCAUGUUCAUCGACGCUGCUGGUGUCAGCGCCACUUUCCUUAUGACCGAUCCGAUCGCCAAGGACCUCGGUAUCAGCUACGGCGACUAUGCUUGGGUCCUUGGAACCUACUCGCUUGCCUUUGCCAGCACCCUGCUCUUCGCCGGACGCCUCGCCGACCUGUACAGCCCUAGCGUUGUCUACACCAUCGGCUUCGCCGGUCUCGGCAUCUUCUACCUCAUCAUCUCGUUUAUGACCGACCAGUAUGCCUUCUUCGUCCUCCGCGCCAUCUCGGCUCUUCUGGCCGUCCUCACCAUUCCAUCGUCCAUCAACAUGAUUGUGCAGAUGUACCCCGACCCAACGGAGCAGGCCAAGAAGCUUACUCUGUUCGGUAUGGCCGGUGCCCUUGCUAACACCAUCGCUCUUAUCCUUGCAGGCCUCUUCCUCCUUGCGUCCUGGAGGUGGUACUUCCGCUUCAUCGCCAUCCUCGUCAUCCCCUUCUCCGUUGUCUGCUGGUUCUUGAUGCCCCGCACCAAGGCCGUCGCUCAGUCCCUCCCCGGUGCCGAGAAGUGGAAGCGCAUGGACCUCGGCGGUGUCUUCAUCAUGGUCGCCAUGCUUAUCCUGUUCAUCCUCGCCUUCACGCAGGGUCCCGUCAAGGGAUGGGACAAGCCCAUCUUUAUUGCCCCGCUCGUCGUCGCCAUUGUCCUCCUCCCCGUGUUCCUGAUCUGGGAGGCCAAGAUGCCCCGCCACUUUUCGCUCAUUCCCCACGACAUCUACAAGUUCCCCAACAUUCUGCCCCUUCUCCUCCAGGCCUCUUCGGGUUUCCUCUGGUUUGCCACAUUCCAGCUGCGCGUCGCCACGUACUUCCAGGAGGCCCACCACAACUCGCCUAUUCUCGCGGCCGUCAAGCUCCUCCCCAUGGGCAUCACGGCCCUCUUCGUCGGCGGUAUCAUUUCCAACGUCCCCCAGCUCAUCACCCGCCCUCGCUACGUGCAGGUCGUCGCCUCUGCCCUCUGUUUCACUGGUUCCAUGCUCCUCGCCUUCUCGAAGGGUGGCUUUGGCAGCGACUACUGGAAGUUUAUCUUCACUGGUGAGAUCAUUGGCACCGUCGGUGGCAUGAUCGUGUUCAUCGGAAUGAACACUGCCCUCAUCCAGUCGUUCCCUCUCGAGUUUGCCGGUGUCGGCGGCUCGUUUGCCAACGUCAUCUUCCAGGUCGGCGGCGUCAUCGGUAUCGCCAUCCAGCAGGGUCUCCUCUCCACCGGCGACACCAGCAACCCCAUCGACUGGACCGGCUCGAAGAACGGCUACUUCUUCUCGUCGGCCUACGUCAUGGCCACUGGCAUUAUCUUUGUCAUUCUCUACCGCCAGCACAAGGCCCCUCAGAUGUCCCAGGGUGCCGUCGCUGUCUAA